ACGACCACAAGCCAAGUUAGCUAGCUGGCAACACUUAGUCAGAAUUCAAUGGCUUGCCUUAUUUCUUAACCGCAUCUCACUGAAAUAAUCAGCGUUUAUAUUUAUGUACUUUUAAGUUGUACUUCACGUCUUUAAAAUGCCUCCUAAGAAGAAACCCGGUAAAAAGGGUCCCAAAGGGAAAACACCCACUGUUGUUGAUGGCAUGUCUACAGAGGAAAUGUCGAAGGAACAGUUGGAAGAACACAUUGUCCGCCUUCGAGAGGAGUUGGACAGAGAGAGGGAAGAGCGCAAUUAUUUUCAGCUGGAGAGAGACAAGAUACAUACCUUUUGGGAGAUCACUAAGAGAGAUUUUGAGGACAAGAAAGCUGAGCUGAGGAACAGAGACAGGGAAAUGGAGGAGGCAGAAGAGCGACACCAGGCUGAAAUUAAGGUUUACAAACAGAAAGUAAAGCAUUUGCUCUAUGAACACCAAAACAGUGUGUCAGAGCUCAAAGCAGAAGGAGUGGUGAUAACCAAAGUAAUGCAAGAGGAAUAUUCAGAACUGGAGAGUGAAUUGCUGAAAGAAAUGAAAUCCCUGAAGAUGAACUUGAGAGAUCAUGAGCUGUCCAAACAAAGCCUCAUAAAGAGCAUAAAACUGAAACAUGAAGAGGAGAUCACCAACAUAAGGAAUGACUGUGAAAGGCUUGUUAGAGAAAUUGAGUCCAAAUAUGAGAAAAAGAUGCAGAUUCUGCGUCAGGAACAAGACCAAAGGCGGAAAACCGAAAACCACGCUCUUGAGGAGAAUAAAAAUGCUCAGAUCAGUACACUGAUGAAGAACCACGAGAAAGCCUUCAGUGACAUGAAGAACUACUAUAAUGACAUUACAAUUAAUAAUUUAGCCCUUAUCAACUCACUGAAGGAACAAGUAGAGGAGAUGAAGAAGAAGGAGGAGCGCCUAGAGAAGGAGAUGGCUGAGGUGCAACUACAGAAAAGGCGUUUGACAGAACCCUUGCAAAAGGCAAAAGAAGAUGUAGCUGAACUCCAGAAAAAGCUGGCUAACUAUGAGAAGGAUAAGGCCUCCUUAGCGGGUGCCAAGGCUCGUCUGAAGGUUGCUGACAAAAAUAUGAAGGACCUCAAGUGGGAACAUGAAGUACUUCUGCAGAGUUUCAAUAAGGUCCAAGCAGAACGAGAUGAACUUUAUCAGAAAUUCAUCAAGGCUAUCCAGGAGGUUCAACAGAAAAGUGGCUUUAAGAACUUGCUGCUGGAGAAGAAAUUAGGAGGCCUAAUUGAAACCCUGGAAAAAAAGGAAGCCCAGCUCAAUGAAGUACUGUCUGCGUCUAAUCUGGAUCCCACUGCUGUCAGUGUGGCAACCCGCAAACUGGAGGAGACAUUGGACACGAAGAAUAAUACCAUUAAAGACUUGCAAUAUGAACUUGCUCGGGCCUGUAAGGCUCAUAACGACUUGCUGCGCACGUCUGAAGCGAAGCUAGUCAGUUUUGGGAUCCCUGUGGCCCAGCUUGGCUUCAAGCCUUUGGAGUGCAGUCUCAACCGCUUGACACUUGGUGCAGGUCCUUCAGGACUGGUGUCAGCAAAUAUUCAAAGAAAGGAUGUAGCCCCAAGGGCAACACUUCCACCUCUGAAUUGACUCCUGGUGAAUUUUACCCCAACAUAGAGAUACAUAUUAAACUUACUUGCUGGCUCCUUUCCAUUUGUGCAAUCAAGAUCUGGACCUCCCUAUCUUUGAAUCAUCAUGCAGUUUUCAGGAGUUUCAUGAACAUUUUUAAAAUUGUUGUGCAUUAAAAAAAGCAAAACGCAAA